AUGACAAAACCGAAUACGAGCGCAGACAGUGGUUUUGGUGCACCAUUGUUGGCUGAUAUCUUUGAAGCCACGGUGACAAACCACUUGAAGUGUCCUCGGCCAGUUGAUGAACCGAAUCACUUGAUGUUGGGUUCCCUGUGUGGUACCACCUUAGGUGUAUCCCUGGACAAAGGACGUCGGGCUUUUGCAGAAGCGUUGUUUCCUGUGAUCAUGUCUGAUGGUUUGGCCUUGGGUCAGAAACCGCUGAAUGGCGAUUCGUGGAAAAUUUUAUUUUUUCCAUUUAUGUCAGAAUGCCCAGUUGGUUUUGUUUGGCCAGCAACAACUAGCUAUGCCGAAUUCUGUGAUUCUCUGGAGAAUCGCAAUAGUAAGGUUUUUGGGGGAUUGUUGCAUCUUCUCCGCACCCAAAAGGCGGCAAUUCAAAAUUGGUUUGACGCUGUCAAUGCUAAUUCUCAGGCGUUUGGUGUGCCUGUGGUAUCAGCUCUUCCUCUGUGGGAUACUUUUCCAACUAUAGAUAACCCUAAUGGACAAUCGCUGAUUGGUGAUUGUAGGCAGUUGGCACCGUUUCAGGUCCAACAAGACCGUUUCUUGCACAAUCAUUUCUCUCAAAUUGUGAGACGUGGACCUAUCGCUGCCCAAUCCAAGGCGUUCCAGAUGGCGUGGAUGCAGUAUCAUAUGUUCCUUAAACGCGGAACAUUGGAAUAUCCAUUGGAUCAAGGUGGUGGUGGCACCCUAUCUGCUGAAUGCCAACCUUUUCUGAGUCAAAUGAUGCGGCCCAUGGAUGGAUGGAACGAUGAUGGCCCGAAUUGGUGUGCCAACUUUACACUGGACCCAGUGGAGGUCCUGUCUCCCUUCCAUCUUUAUCCAGUCAAAGAUAUUCCCAAAACAGCAAAAGCACCUCCCGGUUAUAAACCACAACGUCUGGUGGAAGAAGAACCAGGGGAAUCUUUUGAUGAUUUUCUAGCAGCUUCUCAACAACUACAUUCAAGUGAGCAAUUGGACAAUCCAGUUGAUUCCUCUUCUGAUACGGAGGAGGUCGCAUAUGUCGCUACACUAGGACCACCACCCAAUGAUGAUGGUCCACGAAGGGUGACAAAUCCUACUGCAGGUGGGCCGUAUGCACAGAUGGCAGCGACCCCAAGACCACCAACUCGUGAUCCGACAACAGGACGCCAAACGGGGGUAUCAUGGUCAACGUCGCCAUCUUUUCUUGCACCUGUGCCAGCUGUCUCUCCUCCUGAAGAUUAA